UUAAAAAAUCGUUUGGAGACGGUUGCCAACGGUCGUGAUUGCGUCUCGCCGCGUUCAAUUCGUCCGAUCUGGGACUGUCCCGAGACGGAGUUUCCCCUCCAGGAUUACGACGGCGACAAGAGAGACCAGAGGCGAUUCGCGAGGAUGCGGCCGGACUCACGCAGCGUCUCGUUCACGUUUCACCGGGAGCUGAGCGCGCGAAACUCGCCGGAGGUGGUGCGGAGGUCGCGAAAUCUGCGCCAGCGUCUGCAGGACCGAUUCGAGAAGGACACCCGGGGCUCGUCGUCCGCGAAGGAGAGGCCGCCGUCGAAGGCGAAGGAACCGGCCGACCGGGCCUGGAACAACAUCAGCCUCGGCAACGUGUCCGCGGACUCGAGGCGAGCCCUGCGAAACGGCGCCGAGAAACUGUCGAGGACCAUAUCCUCGGUGCGCACCACUUUCGGCACGAUAUCCCAGAAAUUCAAGAGCUCCACACGCAGACGCCAGCGACUGGAGGAGCAGCAAUCACCGUCCAACAUGCAGACACCACAGACUCGCUCGCGCCAGCUCUUGGGUCGCACGCCGACCAAGCUCUACAGCCCGUUCGGCAUCGAGUCGCCGAGACACGCCUGGAACAAGGAGAACGAAGUCGGCACGCCUGCAGGACGCGCCUCGUCGCCCGAGACGUGCAACAUGCGUUACAUACACUGUAGACCGUUUCGCUUCGCGAAAGUGAGGGGAUUCUCUAUGUUGAGAUAAGGGGAGAGAGAGGCGGGGCCUCCUUCUCUCUCUCAAAGUUACUGCAUGAUGUCGAUCUUUAUUUCCUCCCAGCGAACGCAGAUCAGGUUUGCGUGCCUUGUGUGCAACAACAUUUGUAUAUCGAAUAUAUAAUUUAUUUACGUUCAGUCGAAGGAAAACUCUCGCCGCAAAUGGCGCGAACGCCUCGUCGUCGAGCUAGCAGUGACAUUUUUCCUUUUUUUUUUAUACAAGUAGCAUUUAUAUACGCUAGCGUAUACCUUCCACGAUAUUUAUAAAUUAUAUCAUUCCAUUCGCUUUCCUCGCAUGCGUGUGUCGCGCAGACUCUUUCUACUUUUUUUAUACACGUAUUUAUAUAAACAUAUAAUAUACAUUCAAUAAUGCAAUAAUGUUACGCGGUACAUGGCAGGGCCAAUGCUUUUAUUCGAAUGCGUUCUACGUGUCGAAACGCCUGGAAGUUGGAAGUAUAACAACUAAAAAUUUUUUCGCCUGUUCGCGCAAAAAUCGUCGAAUCAAAAACGUAUUGUCGAAUUGAGAUUUGCUUUAUACGAGCGACGCGCGCAAGAAGUAAUUUCUUGGGCAAGUUUUUACGAUGUUCAAAAAUUGUAUUUUAAGUAUAUGUUACAUAACAAACUGGGGAUAUUUCGCAAUCGUGUGUUGGAUCGCGAUGAUUAAGACGAUCAUUCGUUCGGCGAUGGACAGGCCGGUAAUCGAUUUUUAUAUUCAAGACUGUCUCAAGUACAGUCUUAAAAUGCCAUGCAAGCCAAUCACGGAGUUGUAUCUUAAGACAUUAUUUGAGGCAGUCUUAAUAAAAAAAAUAAAAACGGACUAUCCCGAUAAACGGAAAUGUAUAAAAAUAUAUAUAUUUUUUUAAUUUAAAUGGAAUGAAAUUUUUUAAUCCAUGGAUUGAAAUGUGGAUUGGCCUUUAUAGAAAUGCAUUCAUUUCCACGAAGGCCAGUUUCCAUUUCAAUUCAUUUCGAGCCGUGAUUUUUUAAACUUCAAUCCAUUUCCGUUUACUGGGAUGAGUACCGGUCUCUCUCUCUCGAUCUUCUCUCCGCACAAUUUUUUCUCACUAGUGUUGAAUUACGACUAGACUGUAUCUCGUCUAUGUAUUUCUCUCCUUUCCAACGGAAUUGCAAAAUAUCCUUGGUUGCACUUUAUUUGAUAUUUAUAUAUAUAUAUAUAUUUAUAAAAUGUAUAUAUUACGCUCUAACACUGCUAUAACACAACGGUUCUGUGGAAGGAAUUGCUCUGAAUGAUAAAAGAUAGGGCAGCUCCACAAUAUGUACGGCCUCAACUGUAUACAGCCCUGCUCUCAAAACUACGACAUAUCUAAUCCUGAAUUCUGAUAUUUAUUGGCACAAAAUAAUAACAAUUUUUAUGAAGAAA